UAUGGAGAUGUUUUAGCAUAUAUGCUGGGCAUUGGCCAUAACGGUGCCAAUGCCUGGUAUGCGGUAUAUCAGCAAGUAGAACCGCCCGGCCACCAGUGUUGGUGAGCAACAUCGACUUCCUCCAUUCGAACCUGCCACCACCUGGAAAACUGAAACCAUGAGCGAUAUUCGCACAACUCGGCCGUACUUUCGGUUCAAGCGCGGCACCCUAACGCUGUUCAUCGAAACAACCAAGGGCGAGAAACUGGCGGCAGUCAAGUCUCAGCUGGUCGAGCUCCUGCACCGGCACGAGGGCGAGUAUGAGGGCAUUACCGACGACCAGGUCAAGCUGCUGGUCGGCACACCGGACGGGUCGGCUCAGCAGUACACGGAAGUUGCGGACAAGGUGUCUGUCGGCAAGAGCGGCUUAGCAGACAACCAGGAGAUCUACUUUGUGCUCAUGAGCGAUGACGGAAGCUGGGAGGAUCCACACGUCGUCGACUUCAGCGAAGGCAUUGCGGAGAUUGAGAUAGGGGGGAUUUAGAAAGGCGUUCUUGGCACAACCUUGUCUGCUGAUUGCCCAAGCAGCCUUUGCGCUAGUCAAUAGCCGGUGUGUAUUCUUCAUUGCCAUUGUCGAUUCCACCCACAAAGGCAA